GGGCGCCGCUGCCUCCCCGCGCCGCGGCGGCGGCGGAGCCGGAGCCGGGGCAGCCCUGGCGGCGCCCCGCGCCAUGGCGGUGACGAGCUCGGUGCGGGGCUCCCGCAGCCGGGACCGAGCCGCGCCGGCCCCGUCCCCGCCGGCGGGCGGGCGGCGCGGCGGGGCGGCGGCGGCGGCGGCGGCGGUGCUGGCGGGGCUGUGCGCCCUGUGCUACGGCAACUCCCUGCGGGGCGAGUUCGUGCACGACGACGUCUGGGCCAUCGUGAACAACCCCGACGUGCGGGCGGCCGCCCCCGUGUCCGCCGCCUUCGCCAACGACUUCUGGGGCAAGCGCAUGGCCGAGAACACCAGCCACAAGUCCUACCGGCCCCUCUGCGUCCUCACCUUCAAAUUAAACAUAUUGCUGGCUGGUAUGAACCCCUUCUAUUUCCACGCAGUGAAUGUAAUUUUACACUGUCUGGUGACUGUUGUGCUGAUGUACACUUGUGACAAAGCUGUGUUCAAGGACUGUCGACUUGCUUUUGUCACGGCGCUGUUCUUUGCUGUGCAUCCCAUUCACACCGAGGCUGUAACAGGUAUAGUAGGCAGAGCAGAUGUCCUGGCCUGUCUACUCUUUCUGUUGGCUUUUCUCUCCUAUAAUAGGAGUGUGGAUCAGCUUUAUGUUGGGGAACAUUUCCCUUCCACUGCCUCCCCAUUCUUUUUGCUGCUUAGUUUAUUCCUUGGGACGUGUGCAAUGCUGGUGAAAGAAACUGGAGUCACUGUGUUUGGUGUGUGCUUGGUUUAUGACUUCUUUUCCCUCUCCUACAACGGACUCAAACUGAGAAAUGGAGUGAUCCACCAGAGACCUGCCCGGCAGCCCGUGGCUUCUCCCUCUGCCCCACUGCAGGUCCCCCUGGCCAGCCGGGAGAACGGGAAGCAUCGCUUUGCUCACCGGGGCACCUGGAGCUCCUGCCACCCGGCAUCACCUGAGGAGCAGCGGAGCGGUGGCCUUUCUGUGCCCAGCAGAGCCAUGUGGGCCAUUCGGAGCUACCUGACUGCAAAUAACAACCAGAAUUUCUUGUAUACCGCAAGGCCUUUUUUGAAGAGAGCUGCUUUGGUGAUAAGCUAUGUGAUUCUCCUGUUGUAUUUCCGCCUCUGGAUAAUGGGAGGAUCCAUGCCGAUGUUUUCAGAGCAGGACAAUCCAGCUUCAUUCUCACCGCAUUUCCUGACAAGGUUUUUAACUUAUUCCUACCUUCUGGCCUUCAAUGCGUGGCUCCUGCUGGCCCCGAUCACCCUGUGCUAUGACUGGCAGGUCGGCAGCAUCCCUCUGGUCGAGUCCAUCUGGGAUGCAAGGAACUUAGCCACAGUGUUCCUGGUGCUGGUGAUGGCAUUACUCAGCCUACACUGCAUUGCUGCAUUCAAGAAACUGGAACACAAAGAAGUUUUGGUUGGCUUGUUGUUCCUGGUUUUCCCAUUCAUCCCAGCCAGCAACCUCUUCUUCAGGGUGGGAUUUGUUGUGGCAGAGCGAGUCCUUUACAUGCCAAGUAUGGGGUACUGCAUCCUUUUUGUCCACGGUCUAAAAAAGCUGUCUACAUGGUUAAAUAAAUGGAGAAUUACUGUUCUGACCCUCUUUGCUUUACUGCUGCUGCUGUUCUCCUGGAAGACGGUGAAACAGAACGAAAUCUGGCUGUCACGAGAAUCCCUUUUCAGCUCAGGAGUGAAGACCCUGCCCCACAAUGCCAAGGUGCACUACAACUACGCCAAUUUUCUGAAGGACCAGGGCCGUAACAUCGAGGCAAUCUACCACUACAAAACUGCUCUCAAGCUGUACCCUCGUCACGCAAGUGCUCUCAACAACUUGGGGACGUUGACCAAAGACGUGGUGGAGGCAAAGGACUACUACAGACGGGCCCUUCAGUUAAACCCUCAGCACAAUCGAGCUCUCUUCAAUCUUGGCAACCUACUCAAGUCCCAAGGGAAGAAGGAGGAAGCUGUAAUCUUACUGCGGGACUCCAUUAAAUAUGGCCCUGAGUUUGCAGAUGCUUACUCAAGCUUGGCCUCACUGCUGGCUGAACAGGAACGGCUUAAGGAAGCAGAGGAAGUCUAUAAGGCUGGCAUAGAGAAUUGUCCAGAGAGCUCUGAUCUGCAUAACAACUACGGGGUUUUCUUGGUUGAUACAGGGUCUCCCGAGCGAGCCAUGUCCCACUACAGGCAGGCCAUCCGCCUGAGCCCCGCUCACCACGUGGCCAUGGUGAACCUGGGCAGGCUUCACCGCUCCCUGGGGCAGAACAAAGAGGCUGAGGUGUGGUACAAGAGGGCCCUGAAGGUAUCCCGGAAGGCCGAAAUCCUGUCCCCGCUGGGGGCUCUGUACUACAACACGGGGCGCUACGAGGAAGCGCUGCAGGUUUACAGAGAGGCGGCAUCGCUGCAGCCUUCGAACAGAGAGAUCCGACUGGCGCUGGCUCAGGUUUUAGCAAUGAUGGGGCGGACGAAGGAAGCCGAAAAGAUGAUGAACCAUAUACUCAGUGAGGACGUGGAAUGUCUGGAGUGCUACCGCCUUCUGUCAGCCAUCUACAGCAAGCAGGAGCACUAUGCCAAGGCACUUGAAGCUAUAGAAAAAGCGCUUCAGCUAAAACCAAAGGAUCCAAAAGUCAUAUCAGAGCUUUUUUUCACAAAAGGAAACCAGCUAAGAGAACAGAACCUCCUUGACAAGGCUUUUGAGAGCUAUAAACGGGCUGUGGAGCUCAACCCAGACCAAGCACAGGCCUGGAUGAAUAUGGGAGGCAUCGAGCACAUCAAGGGGAGCUACGUUACUGCCCGUGACUACUAUGAGAAAGCCUUACAGCUGGUUCCAAACAGCAAGCUGCUGAAGGAGAAUCUGGCCAAACUGGAUCGCUUGGAGAAACGGUUUCAGGAAGUCCAGGAAAAAGACCAAACAUAGCGUCCAGUCACCAGUGGAAAGACACUUGUGCCCCUUGGAGAAGAGUAUGGUGGAAGCCUGUUGCUCAGAGUGAUACUGGAGGAACUUUGAUAGGACUCAGAGUUAUGGAAGGCAGAUUUUGAGUGCAUGCUUAUGUUUGACCAAAGUUACAGGAGACACUCGACUCCUGUGGGACAUGCUGGAGAAUUAAUGAAUACCUUCCUUUAAUCAAGAUUUAUGUUUAGGCUGAACCCAUUUUAAUCACACUGGGAGUGUGGGUGGGACAUGUACCUUCAAUAUCUUGGUUAUCACUGGGGAAACCAUGGAGACAAAGCACUCAUCCAUUGCAGCAGGGGUGAAGUAGCACCUCCUCUUACUCAACACAGGCUCACCUUGUCCAUGUAGGGUACUACUGAUGGACUUCAUUGCAAGUGCUGCCAGGUCCUGCUGCAGACAGGAAAGAUGGUCAUAAUGGUCACAUAAAAAGGUUCCAAGGGGUUAAUGCUGAGGAAAUGGUGGCCACUUUUAUAGCUCUAAAUGAGACUUGAAAAAUAUCCUAUAGAAAGGGAAACUAUCUAAAUAUCACCCUGGAAGGAUGAUUCCACAAGUAGGGCAAAUGAUCCUUUGAGGGAAAAUCUAACCUGAAUGUUCUACUCAUUAAUUUUGUAGUAAAUCAGGUUCAUGAUAACAGUUUUGUCAAAUAUCAUGUGGCUUUACCCUUUGCCCUCUGCCUCCAGGCAAAUAGUUAUUACUCUGAAAAAAAAUGGAAACAUCUAGGAAGCUCUAGGAUUAUUUAUCCUCCUGCUCAGUCCCCGGUAUGAAAAACAAACAACAUAUCAGAUCAAUACAGGAGGUAAAGUAAAGCCACAGAGAGAUUAGGGAAGAUUUCCUAGCCUGGAAAGGUACUAAGGAGGCUCUUCUAUGGGUGUGCAGGGACAAAACCCACUUAUCAUGGUGAUAACGCUGACAAAACACUUUGUCAAAGUGUUCUCACCCCCUCCCCUGAGAGAUACAGAAAAUGACCUAUAACCAAUCAAUCAUAAAUCUAUAUUUUUAAAUACUGAAGUGGGAAAACAAAUUCUCUUCAAAACUGGGGCUUAUAUUGUUGAGCUUUAUUUAUUUAACUUAUAAUAAUCAAAUAAUUAAUAUAUUUUCUCUGUUUUAUAUGAAUUGGGCAAUAUCCUUCACAGCUGGCCACAUGGCUGGGCAUCGUGACUUGUAUUGUCUGAAGUUAUUAAAACGCAGUACCACCGAGGCGUGCUCGAAUAAUUCCAUCUAAUGAUUCCAAGGUAAAUGACUGCAGAGCACAUUGGACCACACUGUCCCUGCAAUAACAGCACUUCUGCUGCUUCCACCAGGGUUUGUACCAGUUCGCAGAAAGUGUUAGUGGGAUUGUGCUUGGUGCCUUUGGGUUUGGACAUCAGGGUAGGUCAUCAGUUUGUUCCUCUUGCAGCAGGAAACUGCUGUAAAAGUUGUUUUGUUUGAGCUUGACUGUGGCCAGUCCCUGCAGAAAAGCAGCCCAGGAUUUGGCAUUAUUAGUAAAGGACAGUUGAGAUUAGGUAUGCCAUGCCUUAAAACACAUCUGUCAGGAAAAGCCUGUGUGGCAGGUACCCAUGUGGUGCCUGGAUUUAACUGGUGCUGGCCAUGGCACCUCAGCAAGCUCCAGAUUCACUCAGUGUGAUGGGACAGAUGUGCUGGUGGCUUCACUGCUUUAAUUUUAAAAGCUUGGUGUCUAGCUGCCACUGGUGGUCAAAUUACUGACAAGUUAUUGAUGUGACUCCAGCUGUGUUUGGAGCUCAGAGGGAGUCCAGACUGACUGCCCUGCCAGGGCUUGAGGCAAGGAGACCAGCCAGUGCCUACAGCUGGGCAGAGGUGGGAGGGAGAGACCACUGUGGGAGAAGAGGCAGUAACAUGUUUCUGGGCUCUCUCCCACCAAACCAGCUUUCCAGGGGAUCAGCUGCAACCAGAAUAAGCAAGUCUUUUGCUGGCAAAUUUUCUCUUCUGCCCCAGCCCAAGCAGCCUACUUUGCUUUGCAUGGCCAAGGGCAGGUUUGAGCUCCUGGAGCUGAGUCAGCAACCCUCCCUUGUCUUUUCACACAACUUUUGUGGCCGUGAACUUGCUGAACUGAUGUCCCUGCAGGUCCCCAGUGCAGGUGCUCUGCUGGAUACCGUGCACAAAGUAGGUUUGCACAGCCCUGGGCUACCAGGAUGUCCAGGAGGAGAUGGGGUCACUCAUUGCGAGGCUGUUGCCAGUUCUUUACUGGGAUAUUCGGAGAUACCUGGACCAUAAAGCUUUCUGCCUCUCCCCAAGGUGAGCCUGCCUUCAGGGCAGCUUCCCCAAAGCGCCCUGAUCCCAGGCUGACCAGCUGCUUGCAGUUCCACCACGUGGCAGUGAGUUUGGGGGCUGGCAGAGCAGUGUUUGGUGCAGCCCCAAACAGCGGUAUCAUGCAAAGCCCCCCCUGCAGCAUCUGCAGAGUGCUCCAACAGCCAGCCAAAGCAUGGGGGAUAGGGGUGGGGGGAGAUAUGCCUCCUUGAAAAAUGCGUAUCAACUAUAAGCUUUGCCUCAUAAAGAUAUAUUAAAUAAAUACUGUAUAUUCUACAAGCCUCACUGCAGUGUGUGGCUUUAAAAUUGUGGCCAAUGAAACAUAUUUUUUCAAAUACAGAAGAAGUUGUAUUUUUUAUAGCAAUGCUUUGUGAGAGGGAAGACUUAGUUUUAUGUUUUUAACUUCAGCUUAAAUAUUAGUUUGUCUUUCCUGAGAGACCUGGUAGAAAUUAUUGUCUCCUUCUUGUCCUAGAACCCGAUCAAAGCCAUCUUGACCUCUUAAAACUGGUGCAUGUAUAGAAGUAUAGUAUAACUUUGGGUGCCCCUCUCCCAGAUCCCGGAGAAGGAUUACCGUUUGUGCAACACUGUUUUACUUGCAGAAUAACGGAGAAAAAUGAGACCAUCCUCCCAGUAAGGGAGGUGGUUUGGUUGGAAAGCAUGGCAUGUGUUCAUCCACUUGCCUGAAUUAGACAGAUAACAGAUCCACAGACUUUAAUCCCAGGUGGACCAGUUUUUAUAUGCUGAAAGGGUGACUCUCCACGAUUUGGAGCUGGGUUUAUGGUAGUUAUGGAGAGAGGAGGGCUCACUAAUGAACCCUACUUUCUUGAACCAGCACUUUAUACCCCAUCUAUGCAGGAUGACAGUCUGCAAACUGGCAGCAUAUUUGGAGAAUGGCACAGACCGUGAGCUACCAAAGCAGCUAAACCCUUGUGAAGUUCUGAGCUGACUCCCUGUCUUGUUGGUGCCCGUGCUGAAACGCUGUGUUUGUUCAGGGCAUUAAUCAUGUGAAAGGUUUAUUGCAGUCAAAGAAGAAUAAUGGAGUAUGAUAUGAAAUGGGUUACCUCCACCAAAAUGGAAUGCUAUUGUGAAAGAUAAAUGGAGCGACUUACCUUGUGAUAAACUGUAUGUUAUCUUAAUUAAUCACAGGAAAUGUCCUCUUCCUCUAGCAUUGCACAGCUUCUAAAAUAAUGAGUUAUAAAUACAUUGUUUUCUGCCAAGUCCAGUGCUCAGCAUGGUUAGCAGAGAUUGCAAAUUAAUAAAUGGCUGAAGCUCUGCCUGGUGGGGGAGAGUUCAUGCUCUCUGCAAGUUGCAUUGGCUAAACCUCAGUGCUCACCAAUAUUAAAGCAGAGAAUUAAUGGAAAGCUGGUUAGACAGGACUCUCAUGUACUCACUGUGCAUUUUAAUUCUAAAUAAGAAAUAUAAUAAUUGUGUUGCUUUUUCCUUUCUCCAUGAAUAAUAUUUGCAGCUGAUGGAUUUUAUUUUAUUUCUCAUUUGAAUUCCAACAUUCUUUGCUUCCAUCCCUUUUCUGUCCCCCAGGAUAAAUUAUGCAGUGGGGGGGUAUUUUCUCUCUCUCAUAGAAUCCUUGUACUAGAUUUUCCAACAAAUGUAUAGGCAAUUUGUUUUGGCCAAACAGUAAGUGAAUGCAGCAGUGCAAAUGGCCUUCAUUCCAGAGAUCUUGAUGAGGACAGGGGGCUGUGCAUGCAUAUAGGUGGAAAGAAGUAUAAGUAAAAAAAAAAAUUCAAAAUGAAGAGCCUAACUUGCAGGGGAGCCUGGAUACCCCUAAAAUUAUCUGAAAACUUUGAAAGCUUCUCAGCAGUUAUAGAAGCCAGGCCAGAUAUGGUGUACAAUAUUUGGUGAAAGAAGAUAAUUGUCAUUCUGAUUUAAUAAUUCGGCAAUUCAGAAUAUCGUUAUAUGGUCUUUUGCCCCACUUGUCCUCCAAUUCAGUGAAACAGUUGGUGUAUGCUUAAAUCUCCUCAAUCUUUUUGUGAUUAAGUUUACCAAAUGCUCAAUUUCUGUCUUUCAUAUAUGCAAUUAUGCACAAUCUUUGGACAAAAUUAUCCCUUAGAGGGUUUUUUCCCCCAACCUUCAGUCUCUUGCAGCAAAAUGCACCAUUUUGCUUUCAUGUGUAUUUAAACCCAGCAGCAAAAAAAAAAAAAGAAAAAAAAAAGAAAAAAGAAAAGAAAAAGGAAAAAAAAGCGCUUGGCAUUCACUAGUGUUUUAUGGUGGCAAAAUUGCUUCAGGUAACCUUGAUAACUUUGUGCAAAAGUUCAUUGCCAUGCUUGUACUGACUUGCUGAAAAUUUUUUCUUCUGGAAAAUACCCCCAGUGGUAUCCUCUGUAAAAGUUAUGGCUUCUACAACUGUAUUACUGUAUAAAUCUCUGCCUGAAGUGGAUGUCACUCUGUGUGUUCCUCUCAUGCAGGAGUCGUUUGCAUUGCCUGCUGUUCAUACGGUUCUUAUUUCUGUAUCUAAUUUUUUUAAAAUUAGUCGUACAUAUCUUUAAAAAAAAAAAAAGAAAAACAAAAAUAAGAAAGCAGCCCAUGGAAUAGAAAUAUUUUAAAAAUAAAUUCUCACUUAGCAGCAGCUGGAUGUAUGUCAGCGAUACAGGAAUUUGCAAAGUCUUUGCUUUUUUCACUGUGGGAUUAAUGGCUAGAUUUCACAUAAAGGAGUUAUGCUCAAAGUCUUUGCAAAAGAAAAUGUAUGUAAAUGUCUAUUUUAUAUAAAAAGUAAGAAAAGUAA